AUGGCUGUCAAGUCCAACAUAGCACAGUUUGCCUACGCAAAGGCACUGAUUGUUUUUGCGCUGGCCGCGUGGUUAGCUGCAAGCGGGACUGCCGCCGAAUCGAGACCUGAGGAUGCCAGACACAGCUCUCAAGCUUUGAGUGCGGCUCACACCCCGGUCUUGAUCAAGCGGAUGUUAAGGUCUCAGGAGGUUAUGACAAUGGCUGAUCAUACCAGCAUUUCCGAAGAGCGCGUUAUCUUUUCGGAAAUCGAUAUAAGUCUGGACCAGAUUUUGGCAAAGAUCAAGGAGACAAUUCAAGGGUGGUGGAAGAGGCUGAGGCAGCUGAUGAAGAGGACCCCAACGGAAACGCCUGAAAUUACUGAAAGCGGCACAGGAAAUCCUGAAAUUGCUGAAAGCGGCACGAUAAAAUCUGAAAUUUUUGAACGAAAUCCUGAUUCCUUUGAAAGUGGCACGAUAAAACCUGAAGAAUCUGAAAGCUGGGCCCGUCUCGUGCAGUUAAUUCACACGGAACCAUCAAAGGAAACGGCAGAGAUCUUCAAGAUGUUAGAUCAUGAGAUUAGCGAUGUAUCUCUUGUAUAUAUGAUUUACAAGACAAUCGAGAGUGCCAAGAGCGACAAGACGAGUGAAGUGAUGGUGGACCUGCGAAACGCACAAUUCAAAAAGUGGUUGAAACAGGAAGCAACCCCAGAGGGAGUCAAGAGUAUGUUGCAAGCAGCAACUAAGUCCGACAGUCCGGCGCGCAAGAUAUUCGACCGAAUUGCAAAAGAUUACGACAAAUUGUAUGGUAAAGUCAAGGUAGGGGUGGAGGAUCCGAGCACCAGCGAUGAAACUAUGAAACUCAAUCUAUAA